AUGUGCCAUUUUGGGGAGAAAUGGGUACUCAGCAAUAACAUUCCGCCAUCUAUUUGGUUUCGAUAUGCUGACGACACUUUCACCUUGUUUGACAACAACGACAACGCGGCAAAUCAGUUUCCGCACUACCUCAAUAGCUGUCAGGCGAAUAUCAUAUCCAGCGUUGAAUUUGAGGAGAACAACGCGAUCUCUUUCUUAGACAAAGUCAUCAAACAAAACAACCACGCCUAGCUUUUCAACGUCAAUUUACCGAAGGAAAACGUUUACUGGCCUUUACACUAAAUGGGCCUCUUUCACACCCCGAAAAUACGAGAUAAACCUUAUCCGAACCCUUUACUUUUCGUUGUCUCCGAAUUGUUCGUCAUCCUCUUUUUAGUUGUUCUUUGGAUGA